AACUCUGUUGAUGUUGGUUGCCACAGUGAUUGGGACUUGAAAGCGCCCAUCUUUUCAUGUCUAAUGACACUGAUAGUUGAUAUAUCUCUUGGCUUCUUCAUGUCUUCUUUUGACCCACCUUCUUUAUACAACUCAUUAUAUUUAUAACCUAUAGUUUCAUAUUUUGUUUGACACAUAAAUAAUACUAAGUUUGUAUAAAUGGGCUCUUUAGGAGAUUAUGAAGUUUCUAAGAAAAAAGCUAUGUGGUUGUAUCCCAAAGUUGCUGGAUUUCUUCCUUCUGAAAGAUGGGGGCAUUCUGCUUGCUAUUCUCAUGGACUUGUUUAUGUUUAUGGGGGCUGCUGUGGAGGUUUGCAUUUCAAUGAUGUUCUCAAGCUAAAUCUUGAUACUAUGUCUUGGACUACUUUAGCAACUACUGGUCAAGGGCCUGGUCCGAGAGACAGCCACAGUGCUGUUAUUGUAGGGAGCCAAAUGUUCGUAUUCGGGGGCACAAAUGGCUCUAAGAAAGUAAAUGAUCUUCAUGUGUUAGAUCUUGUGACCAGAGAGUGGAUACGCCCCGAAUUUAACGGAAUUCCCCCUUGUCCCCGCGAAAGUCACACUGCUACACUUAUCGGUCAUGAUAAGAUACUGAUAUUUGGUGGAAGUGGAGAAGGCGAAGCAAAUUACUUGAAUGAUCUGCAUCUUUUAGACCUCAAGACUAUGAGAUGGAGUUCUCCGGAAGUUACGGGUGAUAUUCCUGUUCCUAGAGAUAGUCAUAGUGCUGUCGCUAUAGGUAAUGAGCUUUUUGUCUACGGUGGUGAUCGUGGGGAUCGGUAUCAUGGCGAUGUUGAUGUUCUCGAUACUGAUAGAAUGACUUGGAGAAAGCUUGUUGUUCAAGGAUCUUCACCGGGUGUUCGAGCAGGUCAUGCUGCUGUGAAUAUUCAAAACAAGGUUUAUGUCAUCGGUGGUGUUGGAGAUAAACAUUACUAUAAUGAUGUUUGGUUUCUUGAUGUUGUUUCUUGUUCCUGGACUCAACUUGAUAUAUGCGGCCAUCAACCUCAAGGCCGAUUUUCUCACACUGCUGUUGUUGCAGACUCGGAUAUCGCCAUUUACGGAGGGUGCGGAGAGGAUGAACGUCCUCUUAAUGAGUUGUUGAUCUUACAGCUUGGAGCAGAGCAUCCGAAUGGCCGCUAUAACGUUUCCAUGUGCAAAAUUUUUGGAAAACAUUGCAACCAAGAAAAGAGAACAUCCCUUAGAGCAGAAAAUGACUCGAGAACUAUCUUAUUGGGAAAUGGGGAUGUUCUAGUCAGAAAGGAGGCUCAUGAACCGGAACUAAAUUCGAAACAUGCUCUUCGGCUAAGUUCAGUUGCAGAGACACCGUAUCCGAAGAGGAAAAGAACUAUGAAGUCGAAUUCAUGGGAGGUUGAAUCAGAACAAGAGGAACAUUCUCUUUCGCUCUCUCAACAUUCAUCUCCAUCGCAAUCUGAUCAGGAGCAGACUCCGGUUGGAAAAGCUGCUACAGAUUCUGUCUCAGCUUCUCAAGGAUUUAAUUUGUUUAAGCAGUUGAAUCAAAUUCCAAGAAAUUGUCAACCUGUCGACAUUGCAAGCUAUCAACAUGAAGCUCGAAAUACACACCACGGAAGCCCGUAUAACCUACAAGUUCCGAGAGAGUACAAAAAACCGGAACAAUGUGUUCAUGUUCUCCAUACAGGCAGACAAGGAAUUCCUUUUACAGCAAUCGAAGAAAAGGCGAAGGAUGCAGUAUUGGUUCAGAAUCUGAUGGGUGCCGAAGUUCGAGGUAGAGUUGAUGGAGCAUUCGACUCAGGACUUCUAAUGACUGCAACAGUUAAUGGGAAGAUCUUCAGAGGAGUACUAUUUGCUCCCGUACCUGAAUUUGCAUCAAGAGGAGCCAUUCUAGCUCAAAAUGCUUCAACUGCAAGUAACCAUAGUGGCAACCUAAAAACAUUUCCUACCUCAAAUCACAUGGAACCCUUAAAAAGUUGUCAGCAACCGAGCGCAUUCGUCACGUCAGAGUCCGGCCACGGUUUACGACAAACUCAGAUGAACAGAAGACCAUUAUACCCUUUUGUAAGGGCCACUCCCUCCUUAACUAAAGAAGCAAAAAUGAGAAAUGAUCUCCAAGGAGUUGUUCUAACAUUGGGAGGACCAGGUGGUGGACAAAGAUAGAGAUCAAAUUAGUGUUCUUUUUCCUUUGUAUAUCCAAAACUUGUAUUUUUUUUUUCUUAUCUUUUAAGAUGAGUUGUAAGUUAUAAGAUGUUUCAGGCUUCAAAUGUAGGGAUAAAGUUGUCUAAUGUGAGCUGAAGUUUGUGUAACUUAUAAGAGUUGAGGCUUGAAAUGCAAGUUGAUCAUUGUAAUAUUUAGGUCUUAGUGUGGCAAUUUAAUUUUAAUUAUGAGUCUCUUGUGUGACUGAGAUGUCUAUAUAUAUAUCAUAGUUUGUGUUAUUUAA